UGGAUGUACAUCGUCCCAGUGGUCAUCAUGAUGGUCAUCAUGUCAUCAGCUGACCAGCAGGCUCAAGGCGGCGGCGGCCGGUAAGGUCACGGAAGGUCACGGAGGACGGCGGGACAGAAUGAUCAGCUGACGGCCACAGAACUGGGACGGUGACAGGAGGGGCGGAGAUCUUAAUUUUAUUAAUUUUGGUUUUUGCUGUUUGUUUGUUUGUGACAAUUUCUCGUUUUUUUUUUUCUCUUUUUUCUUUUUGUUUUCUUUUUUCUUUUUUUGUUGUUUGUUUGUUUGUUUUUCGGGGGGAAGGCUAAUAAAUGAAAGCAUGUGUUAUGUUGCAUUUUGAGCUUCAUAGAAAAUGAUAAUUAGGUACGUGAUGCUUUGGGGGCGUUGGAGUACGCAGAGAUGGAGGAGUGAUUGGAGUGGGUGGUCGGUGGGUGCUCUGUGUGUGGUUUGCUCCUUCGUUCCUCUCAAACAUCUGUCGUCCUGAUCUCUCCUCCUUUUUUCCUUUAUAUGUUACUCUCUAGUAACACCUCUAAUCUUCGGCACUUAUUUGACCUAAAUGUGUUGCAAGUGCCGUUAAACUCCCAGUGAAGGAAAGGGACAUUACCUGACCAGUAGAACAUGUAAUAUGAUAGACUGACCAUACAUAGAACAUGUCAUAUGACAGACUGACCAUACAUAGAACAUGUAAUAUGACAGACUGACCAUACAUAGAACAUGUAAUAUGACAGACUGACCACAGUACAUAGAAUAUGUAAUAUGACAGACUGACCAUACAUAGAACAUGUAAUAUGACAGACUAACCGUUCACUGUACGUUUAUGUAAUGUGACCAUCAGAUGUUCUGUAACUUUGUGUGGGUCUUUUUCCCGAAGCCAGUCAGUCCACAGAGAAACUCAGCUUCAGAUGUGGGCGUGUCUUUUGUGACGUCAUGUGGUGUAUUUAUCCGGAUUGUGGCGUUAUAACUAUGAUAUUGGAUGUCAGCACUGUCUGCCAUUGUGGCCAAUGAGAUUCGUUGUGUUGGAUUUUGAAUUUUGAAUUUUAUCCCUGUCUUUUUAUUGGUCUUAAAUCACAUCUUUUAGAACGUUA